UGUUGACGUCGCUCCGGUCCCCCCCGUCCUGUUCUUUGUACAUGUCUGCCAGGUUUAGGGGCUCUAUUGCUCGCAGUUUUAAUUGUCUGUCGAUAUCAACGUGCGGCUGAUUAAGGAAUAAUCACACGGAGCUGUUAUAAGAUGGAGGAAACUGGGGCGGGGAACGAGAGCAGAACGCUGAAAACUCGCAGGUCGUCCGCCGCCGCCGCCGCCAGCGUGUUCUGUGUGGUCGAGCCAAGAACCAACUGUAAAAACGAUCUCGGUGUGGUCGAGCCGUCCCCCGAAACAAGAAGAAGAAGAAGAAACAACUCAUCAAAACCUCCACUGCAAAGAGGAAGCUCCUUCAUUUUCCUCGCUCCAGGGACACCAUGGGACUUCAGUCUAAAGCGCAAACGUAGAGAGAAGGAAGACGACACAGUCAGCCUGUCCAGCUUUGACCUCAAGGAACCUAGCAACAAGCGUGUGAGGCCACUUGCGCGGGUGUCUUCCCUGGCGAACCUCAUAUCUCCUUCGAAGAACGGGGCAGUUCGACGAUUUGGACAGACCAUCCAGUCAAUGUCAUUGCGCGGGGACAACAAGUCUCCUGGGUCGUCCUUCAAAGCUGGCAGUAGGGCUGUGGGCCCCACUCCUACCAAACGCAGGCACAGCACGCUGUGGUCUGAGACCCUGGAUGUCCAUCAGAAGAGCACUUUCUCUACCAAAGAGAUCAAGAGACAAGAGGCCAUCCAUGAGCUUUAUAGGGGGGAGCAGGAUCUCAUCGAAGACCUCCAGCUGGCAAGAAAGGCCUAUUAUGACCCUAUGCUAAAGCUUUCCAUCAUGACGGAGGAGGAAUUGAAUCACAUUUUUGGAGACCUGGAUGCAUACAUUCCCUUGCAUGAGGACCUGUUGGCAAAGAUGACCCAAAGCACUGGGCCUGAUGGAACAGUAGAUCAGAUUGGACAGAUAGUGAUAGACUGGUUGCCUGGUCUGAACGCUUACAAGGACUACUGCAGCAACCAGUUGGCAGCCAAAGCCCUGCUGGACCAGAAGAAGCAGGACCGGCGAGUCCAGGACUUCCUGCAGCGCUGCCUGGAGUCACCUUUCAGCAGGAAGCUGGACCUCUGGAGCUUCCUCGACAUUCCGCGCUCUCGGCUGGUGAAAUACCCACUGCUGCUCCGGGAGAUUCUUAGACACAGUCCUCCUGAACACCCGGACCUAACCAAUCUGGAGAGAGCUAUCACCAUAAUUCAGGGGGUUCUCUCUGACAUCAACCUGAGGAAAGGGGAGUCCGAGUGCCAGUAUUACAUAGACAAGCUGGAGUACCUGGACGGCAAACAGAGGGACCCUCUCAUUGACAACUGCAAGAGCCUUCUCUGUCAUGGCGAGCUGCGCAACAAGAGCGGUUUGAAGCUGCACGUGUUCCUCUUCUCUGAGCUGUUGGUUUUGACCCGAGCCGUGACGUGCAAUGAGCGGAGCUGCUUCCAGGUGUACCGGCAGCCCAUUCCGGUCCGGGAACUGGCUGUGGAGGACCUGCAGGACAGGGAGAUUCGCAUGGGAGGCUCCUUCAGAGGGGCCUUCGCCAGCGGGGAGAAAGCUAAGAAUCUAUUCCGUGUGAGCUCGGUGGAUCCUUCCCACGGCCAGUCCCACACGCUGCAGGUCAGUGACAUGUACCACAAGCAGCAGUGGCUCAACAGCCUGCGGAGCGCCGUGUCUCAACACCCGCGGGCUUCGCUGAGACCCCGGGCGGAGGCCAUCCGAGCCAAGCGCCGAUCCUCGACAAUUUCAAACAGCAACUACGAGGAAGAGGUAGACGAGAACUGUCCCUACGUCACAAAUGCGAAACAUGACCCCCGGCCACACUCUUCCCAGAUCAGACCAGAUAAAAAGUUCUGCGGCAUGCUGAAGAGGAAGGAAACGGGGGUGUGAAA